UUUAACGAAAAUAUAUAAAAAAUGGAGGAGAGGAAAAGAGCUUUUCAAACGAUUGCUCAACCUCCUUUAUUUUUAACUCCUGAUCUUAAAAGAUCGCGUUCCUGUUCCUCUUCUAACAGUUCAUCGAUAUCUCCACGACGUCCUUCAUCAAUUCCUAUUAAGCAGGUUACAUUAUCUGAAAAAAUGAGUCCUCCUGUUUCAGAUACUUCUAUUGUAAAAAUUGAAGAGGAUGAUUCACCUAAAAGUCAUACUCCAUCAGAUGUUUCUCAUUCAAAUACAGAAAGUUUAACUUAUUGCUGUGAUAUGAUGAAAUUAAUGGAUGAUUUUCGCAAAGCUAAUAUUUUAUGUGAUGUUACAUUAUGUGUAGAUGGAACUGUUUUUUUUGCACAUAAACCAUUGCUUGCAGCUGCAUCACCUUACUUUAAAGCAAUUUUUUCUAGUGACUUGAACAAAUGUUCUGAAAAUACCAAACCUAUUAUUCUAACAGAAAUAGGUUCUGAACACAUGGAGACACUUUUAGAUUAUAUUUAUACUGGACAUAUUAAUUUGACUAAAGAAAAUAUUAAUCAAGUUUUAUCUGCCGCAAAUUUUUUGUUACUAUCUUCCCUUAAAAGUCGUUGUACAAGCUUUUUAGAAAAAAUAUUAAGUCCUGCUAACUGCUUAGUUAUUGAGUCAACAGCUGAAAAAUUUGAUUGUGAAGCUUUAAAAAACACUGCUACCCAUUAUGUGCAUGAUAAUUUUAUUACAAUUGCAAACUCAAAUGAGUUUCUUCAUCUUGAAGUAGACAGACUUAUUGAAAUUGUUUCAAGUGAUGACACAAAAGUAGAGCAAGAAGAACAAGUAUUUGAAGCCAUUAUGAAUUGGGUAAAAUUUGACAUUAUAAACCGGAGAAGAUAUUUUAAAGAUUUAGUUACCCAUGUUCGUUUUCCACUUAUUUCUCCUUACUAUUUAAUGGAUCAUGUAGAGUCAGAAGAUUUGGUUUGCCAAACACCAGAAUGUAUUUCUCUGCUUCUUGAAGCAAAAAACUAUCAUAUGCUUCCUGACAGGCGCUGGCAGUUAAAAAGUAAAAGAACAACGCCGCGCAUAUCAAUGGGUAUUGUAAAUGGUAUAAUAGCUGUUGGAGGAAUCCAAGGUCCGUACACAUCUGUUGUUGCAUCUACAUCUUGUUAUCUACUUUGUGCAAAUCAAUGGUUUGUUUUAGCAAAAAUGCAGACACCACGUUGUCGACAUGGUCUUGCUGUUACAGGAGAAUUUGUUUAUGCAGUUGGUGGACAAUAUAGAGAAGGAGCAGCUCAAAGCUCUUUAAACAAUGUUGAACGCUAUGAUCCAAAAACAAAUAACUGGAGUGUUGUUGCAUCAAUGCUGACAAGGAGAAGCCUGUUGAAUGUUGUUGCAUUGGAAGGUUUUUUGUAUGCUGUUGGUGGGUGUGAUGAAAAUAACAUGCGAUUAAAUAGUGUGGAACGCUAUAAUCCUGCAACAAAUACAUGGUCUUCAGUUCCUGGAAUGUCUGCUUCACGAAGCAGCCCAGGUGUUGUUGCUCAUAAAUAUCUAUAUGUGAUUGGAGGAGUAAGCUAUGUUGGUAUGGCUUUAAACUGUGGUGAAAAAUAUGAUCCGCAUACAAAUACUUGGUCAGAGAUUGCACCAAUGAGCUGCAGUAGAGCAAGUGCUUGUUGUGCUGCUGUUAACGGAAAGAUAUAUGUUAUAGGUGGUUGGGAUGGUAAAAAUCAUUUAAGUUCAGCAGAAGUCUAUCAACCUGAACUUGACGAGUGGUCAUUUAUUUCAUCAGCAUCUACUGCUCGCUGGGAUGCAGGAGUGGCUGUAAAUGGAGACAAAAUUUAUGUUGUUGGUGGUUGCGAUAGAAAUGCUGUUUGCACUUUACAAACUGAAUGUUAUGAUACAAUUACAGAUACUUGGACGCAGGUCGCCAGUCUCCCAGUUGCAUCGCAUGGAUUAAAGUGUUGUACAAUACAGUUACCUAAUAAAUUUGUUUGAAGUGUUAUGUCAAGAUUGAGGGUGAACCAUUGGUAUAGCAUGAAAAAAAGUCUGUUUGCUAUGCAGCAGCUGAAAACACAAAUGGCGAUAUGAUAAUACAGAAAUUGUAUAAUCCCUAUUUUCGCUUUUCAGAAAUUAAAAAUGUAAACAAUUGAUGACGAUUGGCUUAAAUAAAUAGCGUUUCACAGAUUUUUUAACACUAUUUUACAUUACGCGUACGCAAAUUAAUCGUUAAAAGAAACGAUGACGGGAUAAGCCGGUUGCAAUCCAAAAAGCAAUACCGACAAACAAAGUAAUAUUUAUCUUAGUGAAAAUUUGUAAUAUAAAUUUUAUUUAUAUGUAUAAAAUAUGUCUUUAGAAUAAAAAGCUUUAUCUGGCUAA